AUGGCAAUCGCAGAACUUACCACACCCGAACUAUAUCGCGAAGAACUUACCAAACCUGGCGUGGUUGUGAUCGAUUUCUAUUCGACGCAGUGUCCACCCUGCAAGGUCAUUGCACCGCUCUACGACGCAAUCGCCAAUAAAGACUCGAACAAGACCAUCCGGUUUUUUAAGGUAAAUGGACUUAUCGAGCCGGGUAGUACAAUUCAGCGUGAGGCGGAAGUGGUCUGGUGGCCAACCCUGGUUGUUUACAAGGACGGGCGUGAAACAUGGAGAGCCAAAGUUCCCAAUCCACCGUCAAUAGAGCCUGUGCGUGAGCUAGAGAGGUUAUUAGACGAGCAAGAUUGGUAG